AAAAUGUAUCCUAGAGCUUCAUAGAGUUUAUCAAACAAUUCUUUCAUAGACUCGGGUUGAGUUUCAUAUACAAUUUCUUACAUACACCCGAGUAGUAUAUAUAGUUAAGAUGGGUUUUAAAUCGAGUAUUUCAAAUUUUACUCUGUUAGUGUUGUUAAUCUUGUGCCUAAUUACAGGGCAGUGUCACUCAAGAGUCUUCCGUUUGGAGGAUUAUGGUGCUGUUAAUGGUGGAAAAGUUGACAGCAGUCAGGCACUGCUGAAAGCAUGGCAUGAUGCAUGCAAAUGGAAGGGUAGAUCCAAAUUGGCUAUAUAUUCGGGUACUUACUUGGUGAAUUCAGUGUCACUUUCUGGCCCAUGUAAUGGCCCAAUAGAGUUUCAGAACUCAGGCAUUCUAAAGGCUCCAUUGGGCCUACAAGGGAACACUUGGAUCGAGUUUCGGUAUAUUCAUGGGCUGACCCUAAGCGGAGGUGGAACAUUUGACGGUCAAGGCCGACCAAAACAAGGCUCUCCAGAUCUUCCAACACUGGUGAGAUUUAGCUUUGUGACAAACUCAAAGGCACAAAAUGUGAAGCUUAUCAACAGCAGAAGCACACACUUGAACUUAUUUGGAUGCAACAACACAACAUUAAACCAAAUAACAAUAUCAUCACCAGCAGAUAGCCCUAACACUGAUGGCAUUAAGAUCGGACAUUCAAACGGUAUUAAAAUUUAUGACUCCUCUAUAGCUUCUGGGGAUGAUUGUGUUGCGAUUUUAACGGGCUCGAAAAACAUUAGUGUUAAUAGAGUUAAUUGUGGUCCUGGUCAUGGGAUUAGCAUUGGAAGUUUAGGAUGGUCACCUAAUGAACAAGUUGAACAAAUCUUUGUUCAAAAUUGUAACUUGUAUGGUACUACUAAUGGUUUGAGGAUCAAGACUAAGGCUACCAAUAUGCCUGGGAUGGUUUCUAAUGUUCGAUAUGAGAAUAUUUUCAUGAAGUAUGUGGAUAACCCUAUUAUUAUUGACCAGAAUUAUUGUCCCCCAAAAACUUGUGCCAAGGGUAAUUCAAGAGUUGAAAUAAGAGAUGUGAAGUUCAGAAACAUACACGGGACGUCGAAGACGAAUGUAGCAGUGAAUAUAAAGUGCAGUGGGAGUAAUCCAUGCGGUGAAAUCGAGUUAAGGGACAUUAACAUUAAGGGGUCUGGAUUUCCUACAAUUUCAACUUGUUCAUAUGCUAGUGGUAAGGCGUAUGGUAUGCAAGUGCCUAAACCUUGUAUUUCAUGAUCAUAACAACGUACAUCAUACUUAAAUUAGGUCAGGGAUCGGAGAUCCGGCCUUUUAAUUGUACCAUGCACCCAAUGGUAUUUUUAUGCCUAUUGUGGUGGUUAGGAUACGCCGGGUGUAUUUUAGAUGUACGGAUCGACCAAUGUACGUACAUGAUCUCAAUUGUUUCCCUUUGUUUAAAUGUAAUCGUAGGAUGAGGGCUCCCCGCACUUUUUUUUUGGGUUUGAAAUGAUAUAUUGAUGCAUGAAUAAAUUGUGUGAUUGGAAA